UUGCAUUUAAAAAGAACCAACACACUCACAAAAAAAUAAAAACCAUAUCACACAAACUUGAAAAGAAAAAGAAAAAUGGAAAAUUUGUUGAAGAUUAUUGGAGUAAUUUUGUUGCUUUCAAUUUUAAUGAUAAGAGUUUUUGGUUAUUUAUGGUUAAGACCAAGAAAAAUUGAAAAACAUUUUGCUAAACAAGGUAUUAGAGGUCCACCUUAUAAAUUUUUCAUUGGAAAUGCUAAAGAAAUUGUUAGUUUAAUGCUAAAGGCUUCUUCUCAAACUAUGCCUUUAUCACACAAUAUUCUACCAAGAGUUCUUUCAUUCUAUCAUCAUUGGAAGAAAAUUUAUGGUGCAACAUUUUUAGUGUGGUUUGGGCCAACACCACGUUUGGCUGUGGCUGAUCCUGAUCUUAUUAGAGAAAUUUUCACUACAAAAUCUGAAUUUUAUGAGAAAAAUGAAGCUCAUCCAUUGAUUAAACAACUUGAAGGAGAUGGUCUUCUAAGUCUAAAAGGUGAAAAAUGGGCUCAUCAUAGGAAAAUUAUUACCCCUACUUUCCAUAUGGAAAAUCUUAAAUUGUUAGUACCAGGGGCAGCUAGCAAAGUGAUUGAAAUGUUGGACAAAUUGACACCAAAUUUAAAGAAUGGAGAGAUUGAAAUCGAAGUAUCAGAGUGGUUUCAAACUCUUACAGAAGACAUCGUAGCUCAAACAGCUUUUGGCCAUAGUUAUGAACAAGGAAAAGCUAUUUUUAGGCUACAAGCUCAACAAAUGGUACUUGCUGCUGAAGCAUUUCAGAAAGUCUUCAUACCUGGCUACAGGUUCCUACCGACGAAACGAAACAUCAAAUCGUGGAAACUUGACACGGAGGUUAAGAAGUUGCUAAUGAGGUUAAUUCAAGAAAGGACAGAUAAUUGGGAUAAGAAUGAAAUGCAAGAAAACAAUGGGCCAAAAGACUUAUUGGGCCUUAUGAUCCAAGCAAGUAUUAAGGAAUCAUUACAAUUAUCAUCAUCCAUUAACAGCCCAAUUCAUCAUAAUUCUUCUACACAUAAUCAUAAUCACAAUCAUAAUAAUAAUCAUAAUAAUAAUCCCUCCAUGAUCACACCAAAUGAUAUUGCUGAAGAAUGCAAGACUUUCUUCUUUGCUGGUGAACAAACGACGUCGAAUUUGCUGACGUGGACGACCGUGCUACUAGCUAUGCAUCCACAAUGGCAAGACCUAGCUCGCGACGAGGUGAUCAAAGUGUGCGGCUCACGUGCCAUACCUUCCAAAGACGAUCUUGCCAAGCUUAAAAUGCUGAGCAUGAUACUCAAUGAGUCCUUGCGCCUUUACCCUCCGAUCGUCGCGACGAUUCGAAGGGCAAAGGCUGAUGUGGAUCUCGGAGGAUGCAAAAUCCCUCUCGGGACGGAAGUGUUGAUUCCGAUUCUAGCGAUCCAUCACGAUCAAGCUAUAUGGGGUAACGAUGCAAACGAGUUCAACCCUAGUAGAUUCUCCGAAGGGGUGGCUCGAGCCGCUAAGCAUCCUGUGGGGUACAUUCCAUUUGGGCUUGGAGUACGACAAUGCAUAGGUCAGAACUUAGCGAUCUUACAAACUAAGUUGACUCUAGCAAUUAUACUUCAGCGAUACGUCUUACGAUUAUCGCCACAAUAUAAACACGCCCCAACCGUGCUGAUGCUACUUCAUCCUCAAUAUGGUGCACCCGUCAUCUUCAAACAACGGUUGACUCAUGACCCCACAUUUGACAAAAGCUCAUAACAUGUCUAAGUCUCCUUUUGGUGUGUGAGUGCAUAUAUUCUUGGAGAAAA